UGCCAACCGCCUUUGAGGAGCGACAGAAGAAGAAGAAGUCCGGAAGUCGCCAACUGUUUGCUGAGCGAACCACCGCGCGCUGGACUCGGAUUAAAUCACUUGUUUUCUUUCGUUGUCUUUGUUUUUCGACCAUCACACACUCCUGACGUGUGGCAGAAGGUCAACUUGUUGAGCUAAAACUCGUCUUAAGCCAACUAGUUGAGAGGCGCUCACGUUAGCUUAGCUUGCUAGCGGCAAACUGAGAGGGAGACGUUCAAGAUAGCAACAAACACGUCGCUCGUGGCAAAAUGUGUAAAGUCACAAUGCUCAGAGAAUUAAUGAAGCAGCGACUGAACUUGGCCGUGGAGGAAAUUUAUCAACUUUUUGAAAGAACCAUAAUGGAGUACGAGGAGGAACUCAGUCGAACAAAGGAGGAGAAAGAGCGACAAGGCCAACUACUCGACGCCGUUUUGAAGUCUCACGUUGGCAUACAGCAGGAAGACACGCGGCAGGUGUUGGUGGACGACAAGCCAGCAGCGGAGCCCCCCCACAUUAAAAAGGAAGAGGAGGAUGUGUGGAGCAGUCAGGAUGGACAGCAACCCCAAUGGCCAGCGGGGGGAGAGGAGGAGGCUGACGUCACGUUGCCCGACGAAGCUCACGAUGAGCGACGGCACUCGGACCCGGACAGCAGCUUCGCUCCGCUUUCAGAGAUGGACGACGACUCUGAUUCCGGAAGAGACAAAUCUUUACGCUGCUCGUUUUGUCGUAAAAGAUUCUCCUCCAACGGUAAUAUGAAGAGACACAUGAAAGUACACCAACAAACAGAGAAGGUUUUUACCUGCGCCCUUUGUAUGGAAAGUUUCCAGACCAGAGGGCUGCUCAUAUCGCACAAAAAUCGGCGACACACCGACAAGAACUCCGGCAAGCAAAAGUUCGACUGCUCCGAAUGCGGCAAAACGUUCGCGACGAUGGCCCGUUUAAAGAGACACAUGGCGAAACACACCGGAGAGAAACCUUUCGUGUGCUCAUUUUGCGACAAAAGAUUCAGUUUAAAUUACAUUUUGAAAAGACACAUGAGGUCCCACUCGAGCAGGGAACGCUUCUCGUGUCCCGUUUGUGCUAAAGGUUUCACAACGAAGUGGUACAUCGCGAUGCACAUGAGAACUCACACCGGGGAGAAACCCUUCCAGUGCAGCGUGUGUCAUAAACAAUUUCACUUUAAGAACGGCUUCAACAAACACACUUGCAUCGGGGACAACCAAAACGCAGCAAAUGAAGACGAAGGACGGCCGAAGAAGUCAAUGAAUGGAUAGUGUAUUUCGGUCGGUCUCGCCAUAAAUCACAACAAAAGUUGUGUGAAUGUACACAAAGAGGGAGAAAACACAUCAUACAACAUAUCCAAGCUGACCACUAGGCUUUACACGAUGAGGAUCGCUGAUCACAGAUCAGCGAAUUAAAAAAAAAAGCAAUAACCGAUCACCAAUUCGAUCACCAGAUGGAGCAGUGUGUCUAUUUAAAUGACUGGUUCAUGUACUGUAUGUACUUGUGUACUGAGUAUCUUCCAAAGUAUUCUGGAGUUAGGUCAUGCAUUCUAAUCAGACAGUUCAAAACAACAUUACAACAUGACAGACAUAACUUACUGUAAUUCAAUUACUUUAUUGUAAUUGCCUGACUUCACACACUGAAACUUGAGAGCAUGAGCCGACAUUACGCCGGCACGUUGACAUACGACCGUUAGUGCUAGCACUAACUUGCUAUGCUACGUAAUGUUUUGUUGCCUGCUUGCGAGCUGGACGUGAACAGACCUCAAGCAAGUCCUUUCCCAAGGACGUUUUCUUCGUAUAAUACACACGUGAAUAAUCAUCGUCGAAUCAUUUCACUCCCAAAACAGAAACACAUCGAGAUGAUGUAUUUACAAAUACAUAACCUUCUUAAAUUAUCCUUUCAUUUUCUGAAAAUAUUUGUUUAAAUGCAAUCUGGAAGGCUUUAUUUCUAAUGUUUCCGUGUACCCCAUAUCAACAUUACAUACUUUAAUAGGCGGUGCCAGACAUUUUGAAAACUGACUUUGUAAUAAGCUCACACAGUUUGUUGCGGUGAAAAGCUCUUUCUCUUUUUUGUUUUUAAAUUUCUACUUGACAUUGAAGUUUUUGCCUUUUGUUUCAGAAGAAUACCUUUUAAUGUUGUCAUUGUUGUUUUCAAAUAAAGAGUUGAAAAAAGUAUUUUGCCACUUUUUAAAAACAUCCGAGUGGUGCUAAUCGGAGAGGAGCAAAAUUGUCGAAAUGAUCUUCCUGCUGCGUUCCUUAGCGUACGUUUGUGAUAGUGGUCAGACUUUGGUACAAAUUUGGGUUACAAACUUAAAACGUGCAACAAUUUGACAAUAAUGUACAAAAAUGGGGCAAAUCUUGACAAAACCUGACAACAAUGUAAUGCUAUCAAGAAACAAGUGCAUAAACAGUGCAUACAUACAAGCAAAUAUGGAUAGAUAGUUGACUGCCUUUAUUUCCAACCCCAACUCCAAUGAAGUUGGGGCCUUGUGUUAAACAGAAAGAAAAACAGACUCCAAUGAUUAGCAAAUCAUGUUCAACCUAUAUUUCAUUGAAUACACUACAAAGACAAGAUAGUUCAUGUUCAAACUGAUUAAUCUUGAUUGUUUUUAGCAAAUAAUCAUGAACUUGGAAUUUUUUGGCUGCAACACGUUCCAUAAAAGCUGGGACAGGUGGCAAAAAAGACUGCGAAAGUUGAGGAAUGCCUGUUUGGAACAUCCCACGGGUGAACAGGCUCAUUGGGAACAGGUGGGCGCCGUGAUUGGGUAGAAAAGGAGCCUCUCUGAAUUGCUCAGUCAGUCACAAACAAAGAUGGGGCGAGGGUCACCUAGUUGUGAACAAGUGCGUGAGAAAACAGUCCAACAGUUCAAGGACAAUGUUCCUCAGCGUACAAUUGCAAGGAAUGGAGGGAUUGCGUCAUCUACGGUCCAUAAUAUCAUCAUAAGGUUCAAAAACCAACAUUGAAUGCCGGUGACCUUCGAUCCCUCAGGCGGCGCUGCAUCAAAAACCGACAUCAAUGUGUACAGGAUAUCACCACGUGGGCUCAGGAACAUUUCAGAAAACCAAUGUCAGUAACUACAGCUCGGCGCUACAUCCGUAAGUGCAACUUGAAACUCUACUAUGCAAAGCAAAAGCCAUUUAUCAACAACACCCAGAAAAGCCGCCGGCUUCUCUGGGCUCGAGCUCAUCUAAGAUGGACUCAUGCAAAGUGGAAAAGUGUUCGGUGGUCCGACGAGUCCACAUUUCAAAUUGUUUAUGGAAAUUGUGGACAACGUGUGUCCUCCGGGCCAAAGAGGAAAAGAACCAUCCGGACUGUUACGGACGCAAAGUUCAAAACCCGGCAUCUGUGAUGGUACGGGGCUGUGUUAGUGCCAAUGGCAUGGGUAACUUACACAUCUGUGAAGGCACCAUUAAUGCUGAAAGGUGCCUACAGGUUUUGGAGAAACAUGUGCUGCCAUCCAAGCAAUGUCAUUUUCACGGACGCCCCUGCUUAUUUCAGCAAGACAAUGCCAAACCACAUUCUGCACGUGUUACAACAGCGUGGCUUCGUAGUAAAACGGUGCGGGUACUAGACUGGCCUGCCUGCAGUCCAGACCUGUCUGCCAUUGAAACUGUGUGGCGCAUUAUGAAGCGUCAAAUACGACGACGGAGACCCCGGACUGUUGAACGGCUGAAGCUGUACAUCGAGCAAGAGUGGGAAAGAAUUCCACCUACAAAGCUUCAACAAUUCCCAAACGUUUAUCGAAUGUUGUUGAAAGAAAAGGUGAUGUAACACAGUGGUGCUAAACAUGAGCCUGCCUGUCCCAGCUUUUUGGGAACGUGCUGCAGCCAUCAAAUUCCAAGUUCAUGAUUAUUUGCUCAAAACAAUCAAGUUGAUCAGAUUGAACAUUAUAGCUAUCUUGUCUUUGUAGUGUCUUCAGUUCAAUAUAGGUUGAGCAUGAUUUGCAAAUCAUUGUAUUCUGUUUUGAUUUAUGUUUAACACAACGUCCCAACUUCAUUGGAAUUGCCGUUUGUAUAUGAAGGCAGUAAACUAUGAAUUAAAUAUUUGCAUAACUAGAAAAAAAAUAACAGGGUAGACAGCAAGUAUAGAUGCAUAUUAAAGUAAUUGAUAUAUAAAUCAUUUUAAAGUUUAAUAUAAAGUUUAGUUUCACCACAAACAUAUUUAAACAUUCAAAUAACAAACAUUUCCUGUUGAGGAAUUAUGAGCAAAAUAUAUACACCUCCAUGUGAUUCUUUUGUAAUAUUUUUUUUCAAAAUUGUUUUUCACUUUUUGUCUUGUAUCAAUGCAGUUUUUUAAACCUUUUUCAAGAUACAAAUCUCGAGUGUAAUAUUAUCAAUAAACAUGAAAAGUGAUAAAGCAUAAUAGAUAUAAUGUACUGUCUAUGAAAGUAAUGAGUAGCUGUACAUUCAACAUUUGUAUGAUAUGAGGAGUUAUAAUGAGUGGAAUAAUUUUUGGGGGAUAUUUAAAAAUAUGUACCUAUUUGUCGAGCAAUACUGCAUAUUAAAACCAUAAAAAAAAAAUAUAUAUAGAGUAAUAUGUAACCGCAAUGCAAUGUCAGCAGACAACCGUAAGAGGGCAGUAUUAAUCCACUA